AUGGAUGUAAUAGCUACUACAACUACUGUAGUAUCCGACUUGGAUUCGCGGCAACCCGAAAUCGAAGCUCCGACCCGGAUCCAGCCCGCAAAGCCUAUUUCUUUCUCCAACGGCAAACGCUGCCACCACAACCACCAACAUCUCGCGUCUGAAGCGGUUGCGGUUGCUACUUUCAAAGAAUGUCUGAAGAAUCACGCCGCAGGAAUCGGCGGCCACGCUCUAGACGGUUGCGGCGAGUUUAUGCCGUCGCCGUCGUUUAACUCCAAAGACCCCACUUCACUAACGUGCGCCGCUUGUGGUUGCCACCGUAACUUCCACCGCCGCGAAGACGAUCUAUCUUCCGUUUCCGCCAUCGUCCCGGCCAUCGAGUUUCGUCCGCAUAACCGGCACCAGCUUCCACCACCUCCGCCUUCGUCGCAGCUUCCUCCGGUGGGGAUUCGUAGUCCAGACGACGAUGACUCGGCUUCUCCGCCGCCGAUAUCGUCAUCUUACAUGCUCCUCGCACUCUCCGGAGGAGCCACGGGAGUUCCGAUGCCGAGGAAAAGGCAUAGGACGAAGUUUAGUCAGUUUCAGAAGGAGAAGAUGUUCGAGUUCGCGGUGAGAGUUGGGUGGAGGAUGCCGAAGGUGGAUGACGUGGUGGUCAGAGAGUUUUGUCGGGAGAUCGGAGUCGAGAGAAACGUUUUCAAAGUGUGGAUGCAUAACAAUAAGAUCUCAGGACGCGGCGGAGCUAGGAGAUCUAACGGUAACGGUGGAGGAGGAGACAGUCGUGAGAGUAUGCCGACGAAUGGGUCGUUUUCUUCAACUUGA